CUGUCAAUAACUUCGGCCGCUGAUAAUGUCGAUAAUGAUGACAUUUGGGAGAUCCACAACAAGCUGUUAUUGGAGACUAUGAGAACCAGUCAAAGUCACAGUCAGACAUCCGAAUUAAGCUUGUACAUAGCUGCGCCUCUAAUAGGACUAAAAGAAGACGCUUUAGAAUCCUGGAGAAGCUAUGAGGGAGUUUAUCCCCAACUCACACAGUUAGCGUGUAAGCACCUAUUGGUACCUGCUUCUUCGGCUCCAGCAGAAAGAUUGUUUUCGAAAGCUGGUGCCAUAUUAACAAAGACCAGGAGCCGAAUAUUAUCCAAACGCUUACCUAAGCUGUUAUUCCUGAACUCGUUGCCUACGGAUUUCUAG